CAUGAAACUGGAGAGAUGUAUUCGCGUGGGUCCCUCUCGCACCGCUCGUUUGGUGCAGCUUGCUCGUGCGUGAAACGACUAGUCCAAAAACCAAUUUGCGAAGAAAGGAAUAUAUAUGAUUUCCGAUUCGAGAAGCUUCUCCUUCAGUUCGCCCUCUUUGAUCGAAAAAAAGCAAGGAACCGAUCGAGGCUGCUUCUGCUUUCUCCUAAGAAAUCGUGGUUCUGCCUGGGGUUUUCGUUUGGAUGGCCUCCUCGUCGUCCUCGUCGGCCCAGCUUCGCCUCAUGUCCGAUCUUAAAGCCAUCAGAAAUGAGCCUCCGGAGCGCAAGUCCGUCGUCUGACGAAAAUUUAUUCGUGUGGAGCGCCACCAUCUUAGGGCCUGAUGAAACGCCUUGGGAAGGGGGUGUUUUUGGUCUGCGGUUGACAUUUGGGGACAGUUAUCCCGCUAAACCACCCCGUGUACGGUUUACUUCUGAAGUCUUCCACCCUAAUGUUUAUAUUGAUGGGACUCUAUGCAUAGACAUCAUUCAGGAUGCUUGGUCACCUUGCCACAAUGUUUGUACCAUUUUGAUGUCGAUCCAGUCACUUCUCACUGACCCAAACCCUGCAAGCCCUGCAAAUCCUGAGGCUGCUCAAUUAUUUCAGCAUGACAAUCAAGCAUACAACAAGAGAGUUAGGCGAUGUGCUCGUGUAUCGAUUGAGCUGUAGAUGGUUGCUGUGUCUCACCAAGAAACUUACAAAAUGAUCAAGGCUGUUUUACUUAUUUUUGGUUCAGUCUGGACAUCAGUUAUUCUUGCCACGCCAUUGUAAAAGUAAGCCUAAUUAUUGGCGUAGAGAAUUUGUAACUUUUCUAUGUUGACAACCUGUUUUUUCUGGCAUCAAUCACAAUUCUUGUUGUUUUGUGGAAGAACUUUACUGAACAUAUAUACUCUGCAUUAACCAUGGAGAAUUCAAAAUUUCUAUA